CGUGCCUGCCACCUCCCGCGUCUUCCACCUCCAUAUCAACCCGUCCCCGGAGCCCCGAGAAAGGCAGAACCCGUAUCCCCGCGGGCCAUGCGUAGACGACAGCAAUGACAAGAACUCCCAUGACCAAGCCCCUCCUGUUCCUUUCGCUCCUCCUCCUCGCCGCCGCGGCCGCGGACGCCGCCGCCGGCCAACAACGCCGCACGCUGCUGGCGGGCGACGACAAUGCGUACGCGUUCCCGAACCCGCGCCUCCGCGACGCGUACGUGGCGCUCCAGUCCUGGAAGCGCGCCAUCCUGUCCGACCCGCGCAACGUGACGGGGUCCUGGUCGGGCCCCGACGUGUGCGCCUACUACGGCGUCUUCUGCGCGCCGUCCGAGUCCGACCACUACCUGACCGUGGUGGCCGGGGUCGACCUCAACCACGCCGACCUUGCCGGCCACCUCCCGGAGGAACUCGGCCUGCUGUCCGACCUCUCCGUGUUCCACGUCAACUCCAACCGCUUCUGCGGCGUGGUGCCGCGCUCCUUCCACAACCUCGGCCUCCUCCACGAGCUCGACCUCAGCAACAACCGCUUCGUCGGCGCCUUCCCGGACGUCGUGCUCCGGAUGCCCAGCCUCAAGUACCUCGACCUCCGCUACAACGAGUUCGAGGGCGCGGUUCCUCCAGAGCUCUUCGACCGCCCGCUCGACGCCAUCUUCAUAAACUCCAACCGCUUCCGCUUCCAGAUCCCCGACAACGUGGGCAACUCGCCGGCGUCGGUGCUCGUGCUCGCCAACAACGACUUCGGCGGAUGCCUCCCGGCCUCCGUCGCCAACAUGUCGUCCACGCUCAACGAGAUCAUCCUCAUGAACACGGGGCUCAAGUCCUGCGUCCCGCCCGAGCUCGGGAUGCUCGCCGAGCUCACCGUGCUCGACCUCAGCCAUAACCAGCUCAUGGGCUCCAUCCCGGCCGAGCUCGCGAAGCUACGGAACAUCGAGCAGCUCGAUCUCGGGUAUAACCGCCUCACGGGCGACGUGCCGGAGGGGAUCUGCCGGCUCCCGCGUCUACAGAACUUCACGUACUCGUAUAACUAUAUCACCGGAGAGCCGCAAACGUGCUUGCACGUCAAGGCGCUGGACGACCGCCGGAACUGCAUCCCCUACCGCCCUGACCAGAGGUCGCCCGACCAGUGCCACUUCGCCAGCAACUACCAGCAUGUCAACUGCGACGCCUUCCGGUGCAAGAAGUUCGUGCUGCCGUCGCCGCCGCCACCCCCGCCUUCUCCUCCUCCGCCCACGCCGUCUCCACCGCCACCUUCCCCACCACCGCCAUCUCCUCCUCCACCAACGCCGUCUCCCCCGCCGCCUCCAUCCCCGCCCCCACCAACACCAUCUCCUCCACCUCCUUCGCCGUCUCCCCCGCCGCCGUCCCCGUACUACGAGGUCUCGCCUGAGGAGCGCUACCUUUCGCCGCCGCCUCCAGCAUACGUGGAGCCGACAACGCCGCCCCACUACGACAUUCCAUCGCCGCCCUACUACGAGGUGUCGCCGGAGGACCGGUACAACUCGCCGCCGCCGCCAGCUACCGGCGUCCCCAAGUACGACUACGCGUCGCCUCCACCGCCGGCCUACUCGGAGGUGUCGCCUGAGGAGAGGCACCCCUCACCACCGACGCCGACGACGAUGUGGAAGCUCCCGGCGUACGACUACGCAUCGCCGCCGCCCCCGGCUGCCGGACAACCAUAAGAUGAUUGAUUCUUUUCGGGAUUUUUUUUCAUACAUACUGAUCAUACACGUUUGCUGUGGUGAAGAAAUGCCGUUGAAAUCUUUGUGUGUAUUUUUUUCUCUUUCUUUUUCUUCUUUUUUUUCUUCUCUCCUUCCCAUUCGUUUGUUUUGGUUGCGCUACAAAUGUUCCCUUGUGAAUGAAAAUAUAGAAGGUCGAUAAGGACACAAAGAGCAACAAGUUUCAUACCCA